GUGGGUAGAAGCUACUUUAGAGAGUGAGCCCUCGGUGUCGUACUAUAAUCAUCGUUGUCAGUGCACAUAAAUACUUAGAGAGAUAAAUAGAAAAUACGAACAAUGCCUAUCUUAGGAUAUAAUCGAUGAUGCAUUCAGAAGAUACUUCUUAAGUGUACGCACCGUUGGUUCAACGAGAAAGGAGACUCUCGAGAUAAUUGAACAAUUCUUUGGUCAUCUAUUGUGUUCGGGAUGCAUCUGGUGUCAGGUCGAGCACUGUUUGUAUUUUUGACAACAUAACGGGACUAGUGUAUUUUUAAACGCGAUCGUAACUUCUUGCACAAGUUUAAAGGAUUGUAAACGUCUCGUUGGACGGGGCCGAGUCUUGAACUUGGUCAUUCAGUGCAUUUCAAUUCAUUUUAAACAUGACUAUUGGAUAUUGUUUGAUUGAUUUAUCGAUGACCAAUAAACAAACAGGAGUUGUGUUGCUGUUUUUAAAAUGCACCUUUUUGUAUAGUCCUACUUCAUUUUAACAACUUUAAUCCUUGAUAAAUCAUACAGUAAAAACUUGGAACAUAGAAGGAUUUUAACAUCCGGAAACAAUUGAUCAAGAUGACGACCGAAAACAUAAAAAAUGCUGAACCUGUUGCUGGAGAAGAAACAUCAGAGAACAAUCCCUCAAGAUGGGCAACGCCGAAAUCUAUUCUUCGAAAGCAAGCAACUCGACUGACCAUCAUCGAAGAACCAACCGAUAUCGUGUCUAUAGAUGAUAACGAGUCAACAGCAUCAACGUCCGAAUCGAACUGCUUUGCUUGCAGCUUCUCUUGGACGGACCUAGACCGUAUUCAGAAGAGAUUCCUGAUUCAAGGAGUGAUGGUGCGAGUCAUUCUUUUGGCCCAUAGUUUCUUUAUCUUCUAUGCUGCAUUGGCACACAUCCAUGUGGCGGCUUACAUCUGUAUUUGCAUCGUGUACGCAGCAAUCUCUACUACCGAGGGAAUAAUCAUGUACAAAAUACGUGGCUUUUCACAAAAGAAAUGGAUCUGCACAUCAACAGCUCUCUAUACGAUAAGCGUGAUUCCUGCCAUCUGGACUAUCCACAUCACGAUGCUGAAAAAGAGAGAAAGAGAAGGAUACGAUUCAUGCUUGCAGAAUUACAACUCAUGUUAUAGCCAUCCAGUCUACGAUCAACAGAUUCAUAAUGACACGACAAUGCCAUUCGUGGCCAAGACAUACAGGGAGUACGAGCGCCUCACAACGGUAGUAGAAUAUUCCGUAGUCUUUGUACUCAUCUUCUGCCGAUGGCUCCUGCCACGGGACAACUUCACACGCGAAAAGGUGGCCCAACUCCUUCUUGUCUUGGUUGGGGCGGGUGAAGACAUCGUCGAGUUCGUUGCCGUCAUCAUCACCAAUGGUCACUUCGGGUGCAGCAGGGCCAUCACGGUGAUUGUCCUACUGCUGUGGAGUAUAGCCGUUUUCCAAUUCAGCAUUGCUAUUCCGGAGAAGAGGAACAGGGUUCAUGAUGAGAAGCGGGAAAACGCUAUCCUUAAUGUAUGGGUAGAUGCUGUCAACCAGCUUCUCGCAAAGCGACGUGAGACUGUCGGUGAUGUAUCCCUUUACGUUGCAAAGAAAGAGGCCAGACCACUCAGUCGGAUGAUGCAACGUCGAAAGACAGCACCCAACAUCCGCCAGAAUGACUGGGUCCAAUCGACAGAGUUCAGAGAGGCGAUAAUAUCCAUCACGAUACAGGAUGGACCAUUCUUGGUGUUUCGGCUGAUCAUAAUCGCAAUACUUCGCGAUGAAGCAUCCUCAGUGUACUUUUACGCCUUGAAGAACCUGACAGUUAUCCUGCUUCAGAUAUACCGCGUUUACGCCAUGCUAGUGGAGUUCAGGCAACGGAAGCGAGGCAGCCUCUUUGUAGCCAACACUGACGGAAAUGACGUGGAGAAUAACAAUAUCGAGAUGGCUGACGGUACCAGUUUGGUGUCCGAAAGUUUGACGAUGAACGAAAAAGCGUUUACGUAUGCUGUUGACGAAGAAAUGAAAAGAAAAUUCGGCGACGAUUCAUCGAGUCGGGCAGAUGUUCAUGCCGAAAAUCAGAAAAGCGAUGGGGACAAUCUCAACGGGCCCAAUGGGAGUCCAGUGAGGGCGCCAAACAGGGUGCCAAUGUCCAGUGAAGCAGAUAUAAGAAUAAGACGACAGAGCAUGCUAUCAAAUUAAUUUUUUAGCAGAAGCUACACAAAUCUUCUUAAAAUUAUACACUUAUGACAUUAAUCAAUAAUGUGUCAGACAUUCCACGAAAUCGACCGAGAAUAUAUUGCGAGAAUUGUUAUUCUGAUUUGCGAAAUGUUCCUCAAGGUCUCUCUUUGCAUGGGGCAAGAAUCUCUGAUAGGAGCUACAAAAAUCUAUUUUAAGUCACGUAAUUUAUUCAAACGUCACUGGAUACGAUGCAUGGUGGCCCAUGAUUUCACCGAAUUAUAAUUACAAAUUAAUGUGACCUUCUUUUGAUGAGCAAUGAUUUUUUGAAAGCCAGUGUUUGUUUGACCCUAGGAAUUGUAUUCUCUCCCAAUUCAUGUGGUAGUACAAUAAAAAUAGUUCCAGUAUGUAUUUAUCUUGAAUAAAAUCAACAACUGUCAAUUGUUUGAAAAUGCUUGUGAUUAAGUGUAAAAUAUAUUCUUAACAAAACAAACCUCUUCACGUGUCUCUGACUUUCAAAAACAAAGUCCAUAAUGAAUGGAUUUGAACAGACUUUUGAAUAAUAUAAUGAAAAUCUUUCAUUCAAACAAAGAAUUUCCUAAGACAGACAGUAAGUCUGAAUACUAUCUUUUCUUAAACUCUUUCUAUUACUUUUGUUUAUAAAUAAAGGAGGGAAGCUCUAUUAGUUGUUUUUUUUAGAAUAUUCACUUCCCACUUAUUGCGGAAAAUUGUAUCAUCAGUGAUCCUAUUCCCAAGAAGUCUGGAGCUCUUUUCCCCUUCAAAAGUAGCAUCUUUUCAUUUCUGUAAGUUAAGGCUAGUGAAGGGCAAGUAUUCAAAUUCUAAUAUGAAAUAUUGCUAAAUAAUUAUUGGGACGUCAUUAAUGCAUAACAUUUGGUAAAACACCGCUCAAGUAGAAAAUAAACCAACGCAAUUUUAUGUG